AAAUCUGAAUAAUAAUAAUAAUAAAAUAAUCAAGUCUCCCCUGGGAUCAUCGACUAGAAGGAAUAAUUGCUUUUUCAUCUGCCCUCUCGCUUUCUCGCCUUCUCGUCCUCUUUUCUCCUCUCGAAAUCCUUUCUCUUUCAUUCGCAACUGUCCCUCAGUGGAUUGCAGAUCUGUGUGCUGAGCUGUCGGUUAUCUGCAGUUGAUUCAAUUUCGGAUACCCUCCUCUCUUCUCUUGCCCCGUCACCGCCUAAAGUUGGACACUCAGCGGCUCUCCACGUGCCAACCACUGGAUUUUGGUGGUUGACGGUAGCCCGCGCCAGCUUCUCUUUCUUUUUUCUUUUUCCUUUUUCUUCUUUGCGCGCGUCCUCCCUUGCGUCGGCCUAACUGGAUCUUCUUGCAUCCCCGUUACUCCGUCUCAUCCAACGACAGUCAUCCUCGUUGGGUCAACAUCCAUCAUUCGUUUUUACCCAUCAUCUCCCCUCCCAAUCAUCCAUACACAUACUACCUGUACAGUUUCACACCCACCUUUCUCUUCCCACCUCCAGACGCCCGGUCCCACCAUACUUCGCUGCACAACAACAACUCAAGAAUUCAAAACAACACCUCUAAAAAAAAAGAAAAGAAAAAGAAAGUGACGGAAGGGACAGCGAGAAAGCACCGCCUCACCUGGUGGCUUUCCCCCCCCUCUCCCCUCCAAUCAAGCCAUUGUGCCUAGUCGACUUGGAACCCUGUCACUUUGUUACGACCGUCUGCGUUCCCUCCACCUCCCCCCCAGUCGCUUGACCUGUUAAAUUCCCCUCCCCUAAAACCCCGUACGCCAUGAAUCACGAUAGUUUCUCUUUAAAAUUUCGACGUCAGUCAAGCAAGCUUCACAAAGAUCCUCCUAGCUUUAGUUCUCGAAUCCUCAAGAGCCAACAAAGUAACACCUCUCUCAAACGCCAUCCCUCCGCCCCAGUCUAUCCACGUUCGUCUGCCGCCGGCAGUCGAGAGCACUCGCGCACACGAUCCAACGCAUACGGCUCCUCUUCCUCCUCCGUCGACCAGAAUAGCGGGGGCCCGUCACCGGUCAUCGCUGGCAACGACACUGCCCAGCCAUCUUCCAACUUUUACUCCGGCAAAGCCCGUCCACCCCACUCGGGACGAUUUUCUCUGACCGAACAAAGCUCAGAUGAAUUGAUUGGCGCCCCGUUUGAUUCCCGGGGCAUGCUCAGUGCUCUUGACGAGAACAGCGCCGAACCCGUAGGAACCCUCCCCGAGAAACCUCCGACCCUACGAUCUCAAACCACCCCGGACCCUCGUGGCCUCAGACAGUCUGCCAGCUUCACCACUCUACACAACCGGAUGGAUAAUCUCGUGAAUCGGACGGACAAUGAUCGCCCCGCGAAUACGAAACGGUAUUCCGACGAGGGGGGCGCUCCCCGGCCGCUGGGGACCGGCCGAAGCAAGAAGAGCAGCUUCUCCAGCUUCGUCAACAGCAUGCUAGGCUCUCCGCGUGGCAUCAAAAUCUCCGCCCCCGAAAACCCCGUGCACGUUACCCACGUCGGUUAUGACAACCAGACGGGUCAGUUCACGGGUUUGCCCCGAGAAUGGCAGCGGUUGCUGCAGGAGAGCGGUAUCUCGAAGAAGGAGCAGGAGGAACACCCGCAGACCAUGGUGGAUAUCAUGCGGUUCUACGAAAAGAAUGCCCGUGGUGACGAUGAGGUGUGGCACAAGUUCGACCACGCAUAUCCGCAACCACAGUUGAUUACAACGGCGACGUCUCAACCCGGCUCCGGCGGAUCUGCUGCUCAGCGAACAUCCCCUCCGACGAGUCCUCGAUUCCCUCAAAACCAUGAAGGGAGUUUUGAAAACCCACGGGCACCGCCUCCCAUUCCCCGUGGUGUUUCGGUUGGCCAAGCCAUGUCCCCGCCUAUUGGUGGCGGCGGCCUCGUCCCUAAUCGGGCCCCGCCAAAGCCUCCGGCGCCCGCCAAUAUGACUCCUGCCCGGCCGGCACCUCAGCCACCGGUGGCUACCAGUCCGUAUGGUGGUGCCUCCAACCGGCCGGUUCAGGAUCCCUUUGCCAACCAGUUCGGUACGCCACCCAUUCCGGAGACCGAACCGUUGCCGUCCGAGUCUCAACCCAGCCGAUCCAACUCGAAAACCAACGGGUCGCAAGCGGCAUGGGCGCCUCCGGCGGUCGUUGCCACGCCGGCACAGUACCAACAGCAGCAGGAGCAUGCCCUUGCCGCAGCCCAACAAGCAAUCGCCAGCAAACAGCUUGAACGCAGCCGCAGCCAACGUCAGCAGCAGCAGCAGCCGCAGCAGCAACCCCGGCCAGAACAGAAACAGACAGCGCAGCCCCCGCCUCCGCAACAUGUCACCCCCGUGGAUGACCCUUCCCGUGCCCCUCCCGCAGCUCGCCCCCGGCAGCGGCCCCGUCAGAGCACUGCUAUGGACAUUCGGUCUCGACUGGUCGCCAUCUGUACCCCCGGAGAUCCGAGCAAGAUGUAUCACACUCUCAACAAAAUUGGCCAGGGUGCGUCUGGCGGUGUCUUUACCGCCUAUCAGAACGGCACCAACAACUGCGUUGCUAUCAAGCAAAUGAAUCUCGAUCUGCAGCCGAAGAAGGAUCUUAUCAUCAAUGAGAUCCUUGUGAUGAAAGACAGCAAGCACAGGAAUAUUGUGAAUUUCCUAGACAGUUACCUCCACGGUCUGGACCUGUGGGUGGUGAUGGAGUACAUGGAAGGCGGCAGUCUGACUGAUGUCGUCACUUUCAACAUCAUGAGCGAAGCCCAGAUUGCGGCUGUUUGUCGAGAGACGCUUAAUGGCUUGCAGCACCUGCACUCGAAAGGGGUUAUUCAUCGUGAUAUCAAGUCUGAUAACAUUCUUCUUUCAAUGGAUGGCAAUAUCAAAUUAACCGAUUUUGGUUUCUGUGCCCAAAUCAACGACUCCCACAACAAGCGCAACACUAUGGUCGGCACGCCCUAUUGGAUGGCCCCCGAAGUCGUCACCAGAAAGGAAUACGGCCGAAAAGUCGACAUUUGGAGUUUGGGUAUCAUGGCAAUCGAGAUGAUCGAGGGCGAACCUCCUUAUCUCACGGAAUCCCCCCUGCGGGCGCUCUACCUGAUUGCCACGAACGGUACACCCAAGAUCAAAGAUGAACACAAUCUGUCGCCCGUCUUCCGGGAUUUCCUGUCACUUGCGCUGAAAGUAGACCCGGAAAAAAGAGCGUCGGCACAUGAUCUGCUGAAGCAUCCAUUCAUGUCCUUCUGCGCACCGCUCAAUCAUUUGUCUCCCCUUGUCAAAGCUGCGCGCGCUAGUCGGGCCGCUGAAAAGGCUCAAAAGGGGGGCUAAAAAUGCCUCGCAUUUAGCUGUCUCUAUAUAUGUUGAUGUCCUCUUGUCUCUCCUCCAGAUACCCAUUACCUCUGAUGUUUCAUAUUUUGCCGGACUACGAUAUGCUGGCAUUGCAUAAUGGGAAAGACUCGCGUUUUUCCUGGUGCUAUUUUUAUUCUUUCUGGGCUUCUUUUCCCCGGAUCUUAAAUGUUAUAGAUGGCGAUGAUUUGAUGAUUACUUCCCCUAUUCUUGAUUCCUCGCCGCUCCUCUCUGGUGGCAUGAGCAUUCCUGCACUCUCAUUCGAUGAUCCAUAUAUCCUCCUAUCUUUGAUGAUUGCUAGCACUUCCCUUCACUCCUUUGGCGUGUUUGUGUUGUCUUUAUCUUUCCACCGUCUUAUCUUUUAUAAGAUUACUGGGAGGUGACUGUAAAUCCUAUCUGGAGUUACAUAUGUUUUGCUUUCGCUCCUGCUAUCAUUGCCAUGUCGCCGGACGGGCUUGAAUAUCCAAUAUCAUGACUGAGCAAGAGCGGCUGUGAGUGAUUUAUUUCUACUGGGGCAAGCAUCUGUCUACUAUUUGUCUUCGGUUGUAGUUGACUGGCGUUCUUAUUCUUAUCAUCCUCAUCCUCAUCAUAAUGACUAACGACCUACCUAUCUUCUACUCAUGGGACCGAAAAACAUAAUACAAGGCGUUCAUAUCUUCUACUUACCUCAUCAACUUCCUUGAACAUUGCUACCAUUCCUUGUCCUUUUUCAUCCCGUUGUUCUGUCCUGUCCUGUUUUAGUUUGGUUUGAGCUGUUCUAAUGGCGCAAAAAUCCCUCUCCACUAACCAUGACACCUACCUAGUCUACAAGCCCCUAAUCCUCUCGACCUUCAACCCCCCUCCCCAUGCUUGUGCGAC